AUCAUAAAGGAAAGGAAGGCAGAGGCCUCCACAUAAACCAAUCCUAUUAUUCAUCCCAAUUAAACGUCGUUGAAUUAAUUCGCAACUGAUACAAUCCCAGUUUCUUGAUUAGUUACACAAUUAAGUCACUCUCUGUCGCGGUAGUUGCCAUUUCCGGCUGCUACAAAUACAUUCCCCAACUUCCUCGCAAGAACACGCAAAAGAAGAAGAAGAAGAAGAUGGUUAACCCAGACGCCGUCCGCAAUGUCGUCGGCAUCAUCGGCAACUUCAUCUCGUUCGGGCUGUUCCUGUCGCCGCUGCCGACGUUCGUGAAGAUCGUAAAGAAGCGGGACGUGGAGCAGUUCGUGCCGGACCCGUACCUGGCCACGUUCCUCAACUGCGCGCUGUGGGUGUUCUACGGCCUGCCUAUCGUCCACCCCAACAGCAUCCUCGUCGUCACCAUCAAUGGCACCGGCCUCGCCAUCGAGGUCGUCUACCUCUCCAUCUACUUCGCCUACGCGCCCAAGGACAAGCGCCUCAAGAUGCUCGGCGUCCUCGCCGUCGAGCUCGUCUUCCUCGUCGCCGUCGCCGCUGGCGUGCUCCUCGGCGCGCACACCUACGACAAGCGCUCGCUCGUCGUCGGCAGCCUCUGCGUCUUCUUCGGCACACUCAUGUACGCCGCGCCGCUCACCAUCAUGAAACAAGUGAUCACGACCAAGAGCGUGGAGUACAUGCCCUUCACGUUGUCCCUGGUGAGCUUCCUCAACGGAAUCUGCUGGACAACCUACGCGCUCAUCCGCUUCGACAUCUUCAUCACGAUCCCGAACGGCAUGGGAACGCUGCUGGGCGCGGCGCAGCUGAUCCUCUACUCCUGCUACUACGGGUCGACGCCCAAAGACAGCAAGAGCGUCGAGCUACCAGUGACCGUCAGCGAUAGCAAGGACGGCAGCGCCUUGUAGAGCCGCCGGACCGGUUCGACUUGAUCUCCUCCUCCUCGAUCCUGUAUGUUUGUGGCAGUACUACAGGUGCUAGCUGCAUGAGCAUGCCUGUAAUACGACUCUCACUGAUAUGAUCUAUGCAACGCGCGACAUGCGUUAAUUUCUCAA